AUUAUUCUCUUCAAAACGGAAAGACAAACAUUUCAUCUUCCCACAAUUGUAUUCCCGAUAGUCGCCAAACAACCGGUCUUGAAGUACUCACAACGAGAGAGAGUUAUCGGGCUUUACAGCGAGUCAAGGUCGCUGUUUGGUAAAUUGAAAGAAAAAUGAGCCAAGCUCAAAAAGGUUGUCUUGUUAGUGUCGUAUUAUGUUGGUUUUUGUGUGUUCUCAGCAGUGACAGUGUAACUUUGUACAGUGAAGAAUGUCUUUAUGGUUUUUAUUGCGAUGGAAUGUAUGAUCCGUAUUUGAAUUCAAAAUGUGAAGGAGGUACAUGCAUCUGCUCUGGGGAUUUCGUUCAAACAAAUUGUCUAGCUAAUGUAUCUCAAUGUGUUGUCCAACACGGGCCCACGUCACAAGGGCACGCGGCAUCGAUCUGCACGAACGUCGUAUCCACUAAGAUCUGCAGUCAAGACUUUAAAACGUAUCACUGCAGUGGCUAUACAAAUCAGCACUACGAAGUGCACGUGCUUGGCUUGUACCAGGCCACAUCGUGCUGCAGCGACGUUCCGGAGACCUCGAGGAUCGAGGUUGUUAGCGAGGGACACCAUGGAAGGAAAGUAGUGCUUGUCUUAGCGUCUACACGCCCGGUGGCCUGGUACCUUGAUAUGGAAGAUGGCGUGGAAAUAGAAAAAGUGGUUUUGGUCUGUAAAACUGCAUCUUUAGCGACGGUAGUUUGGUCCAAGGGAAACGUCAAGGAAAUUCAAAAGGUUUCUAAUGUCUCAGAAAGUCAGAACAACUUCUACGGUAAAGGAAGUGACACGAUCAGGCUUCUUCAGUACGCUGGUGAGAAGUUUGGCCCGAUCACAUCGUUCACAGGUCGAUUUCAAGUUGAGCAAUGGCGUCUACACGUCGGCAGGCCUUUUGGAUCAGAUACUUCCUCAGUGAUCGCGUCAUCCCGUUAUGCAUCAGGGGAAACAUCAACGAUACCAUCUUCCACAAGGAGCACUAUUCUUCCAACCGAUCCCAAGCCUACAAAUACACCAUUGUUGUUGCAACCGACUAUUACCGGUGAACCUCUAAUGUAUCCGACUACCACCAAUUCACCCCUAUUGUAUCCGACUACCACCAGUACACCUCUAUUGUACCUGGGUAACUCUAAAUACCCCCUUGAAUCGUCGCCACCAAAACUGCAUACCCCCACUGAAUCAGAUGAAAGAGUCCAGGCUUCAUCUGCAACGCCGCAAACUUGGUUGUCCUCCAAUAUCAACACGCAACCUCCAGUAUCUGACGUGGUCAUCAACUAUCCACAAGUCCUUCCCACGCCUCUUGUGUUCUUUCACGCUUUCGGCACUCUGGAAUUCCAUCAUAUUUCGGGGUUGGAAUAUUACGCCAACGGAACUCUAAAAGUUCGCGCUCCAGUUGCGACGCAGCCUCCUAAUGUAACCUUGGAAAUGUCAACACAAGCUAUGGUACCAACGACGCGCUUUAAUGCGGAAACAUUUAGCACAAAUACUGUCCUCCAAACCGCACCACUUUCUCCAGGUUUUACCCGGAUAGACACAAGUUCACCAACACGGCAGUCGUCCAUUCAAACAGUUUUAAAAGAAUCAUCCAAAACUUUAGAAAAACACGAGGUAACAUCCACUGUUCUUCAGAAUACCAUGGUCGAACCUGUUAUAGCUAGUUCUUCAUUGGUUCCCACGGCAACCACGUCAUCAGUGCGAAAUAUGGCAAUCACGUCAUCAGUGCGAAAUAUGGCAAUCACGUCAUCAGUGCGAAAUAUGGCAAUCACGUCAUCAGUGCGAAAUAUGGCUUCCUCCUCUGCAGCACUUACUACACCCUCGUUGCCACAGUCGUGCGUCUUGAAUAACCCAUGCCAUGAAAACGCAACAUGUACAGACACAGCUCAAAAUGUUUUAUGCACCUGUAAGAAAGGCUUUAGCGGAGAUGGAAAGUUGUGCAAAGAUGUGAAUGAAUGUGCUUUAGAUCCAUGCCCUACAAACAAUGAUUGCAAAAACUUUCCUGGAUCUUAUAGCUGUACUUGUCGUCAAGCCGGAGAAUGUAGAGAAACUCGCCUAGUUGGCAAUAAGCCAAACGCCGGCCGAGUGGAAGUACUGCACAACGGAGAAUGGGGGGCAGUCUGUAUGAUAGGCUGGGAUAGCAAAGAUGCACAGGUUGCCUGUCGCGAUGUGGGCUAUCCUUACCUCGCGGGCACAUCAUUCGACCUACUGGGUUUCGGUAAGAUUUGGCUCUCCGACGUUGAUUGCAUUGGAACAGAGACGAAGUUGGCCCAAUGCAGCCAUCUGGGAUGGGGAAACGUGAAUAGAAAAUGCACGCAUCAAUACGAUGUUGCAGUGGAAUGCGUACCGAACACUAUUCGUUUGGCCGGCUCGGACAAACCCGAUGAAGGCAGGGUAGAAAUAUACUUCGAUGGUGAAUGGGGGACAAUUUGUGACAACGGUUGGGAUAUGGACGACGCAAGCAUUGCGUGCACGGAAAUGGGAUUCCCUGGUGCCGAGAGGGCAUUGAUGGGUAGCGACGUACAAAAUGGGACAGGUCGAGUGUGGCUGGAUAAUGUUCAAUGCACGGGGUUCGUUGAAAGUUUACUCAAGGAAUGUCACCACAACGGCUGGGGGAAUGUUAACUGUCGAAACGGUCAGGAGGCUGGUGUCAAGUGCAAGCCAAAAGUUCCAUGCGAUUUUGAGCUCAACACGUGCAGUUGGCGGAAUGAGAAGGAAACAGACAACUUUGAAUGGAAACGACAUCGCACCAGUACACCAACGUUGGGGACUGGACCUGUGUACGACAACACGAAAAAGACGGCUUAUGGUGUGUACUUGUACGUUGAAACCACGGGGCGUAAGCCUGGGGACAAAGCACUGUUGGUGUCGCCCACGAUGCAGUCGAAAUUUCUCGAAUGCAUGCGGUUUCACUACUACAUGACAGGAGCCGACAUUGGCCAGCUGAAUGUGAACAUCCGAGACACUGGAUCGGGAAAUAUCACGCGAUUAUGGAACUUAGCAGGGUCAAGAAAAGCCAAGUGGAUUCAGGCCAGCGUCCCGCUGAAUUUUGAUAAGCCCUCCGAGAUCAUUUUUGAAGCCGUGAGUGGCCUGGACCAUAAAGGUGACAUAGCAAUCGAUGACAUCAUCAUUGAAAACGCACCGUGCGCUGUUUACCCACAAGAUGCAAAACCGGAUACGGACGAAUGUCUAACUAAGCCCUGUGACGUGGACGCCAAAUGCACGAAUGUCAUUGGUUCAUAUCAUUGUAAAUGUAACAAAGGUUACUCUGGAGAUGGGUUCUUUUGUCUCGACAUCGACGAGUGUUCGACCAAUCCAUGUCACAUGAAUGCCACGUGUACAAACACAAUCGGUGGUUUCUCAUGUCAAUGUAAUCCAAAUACGUCAGGAAUAUGUGACGAUGCAUAUCGGCCGUGCGGUCUACGAGAGAUCUACACGCAAUUGGAAACGAAAAUAAUCGGUGGCGAUGCAGCUGAAAAAGGUUCCUGGCCAUGGACCGCGGCAAUAUACUUUUCUUUAAAACCCGAACAUAUCUGGUGUAGUGGGGUAGUAAUCAAGAACGAGUGGAUUCUGACAGCGGCUCAUUGCUUCGACAGGGAUUACAGCCACUAUACUGUUGUAUUAGGCGAACACGACGUUUUGACGGAAGAGCCCGAAGAGCAACGUUUCAAAAUCGAUGCCAUUAAAAUCAAACCUGAAUAUACUGUAGGCAAAAAAAGAUUCGACAUCGCUUUAGUCCAUUUGAAAAGACCCGCUAACUACACAGCCAAUGUCCUGCCAAUCUGUUUACUGGAAAAUGAACUCCCUGCGGGCACGAAAUGCCGUAUUGCGGGCUGGGGCACGCGUACUACCAAUGUCAAGGACUACCCACAAUUCCUUCGCCAAGCCGAAGUUCCGAUUGUAGAUCGGACGACAUGCCAGGCUUUGUACAGUGCAGUUAUCACCAUUUCCAAUGACAUGGUGUGCGCUGGGUACACGACGGGUACCAUUGAUACGUGCCAGGGGGACAGCGGGGGACCACUGAUGUGUCAGCAGGGUAACAGGUGGUACUUGGCAGGACUCACGAGUUUCGGUUUUGACUGUGCAGCAAACGGAUAUCCAGGUGUUUACGCAAAUAUCCCAGAAUUUUACAUUUGGGUGGAAGAUCAGAUCUUUAUCCAUAAUUUAUAGGUCUGUUCAAUGGUGUUUGCUUGAAGCCUUGAAUACAUUAAGCUUACCAUGAGAAAAACGUACAGAAUCUCGCCAGGAAAUGGAUUGAAAAUCUCGCCAAGCGAGAAUAUUGCAUGGUUAUUGCGUCUUUAGCCAACAAUUCAUACGUCAAUAAAAUAACCAGUCACUACGACUGAAAAGUAAAGAAGGCAUGUUGGUGGCAACAACCCAAGUGACACAUAUAUUUUUAUGCAAAAAAAUCAAAUUGUAGCUAUCAUAUAUUUA